AUCAAUGUCAUUUGACUCAUUCCUUUGAAGAAACACUCUCUCUCUGCUGACUGCUCUUCGGAAAAAGCCUAAAGGCACAUACCCCUCGAGGAUCUCUUUGAUCCGACCCUCUCGCAGAGAAGUUGGACGAGCUUGGGAAAAUGUCGGUCCUGGCCCUGGGCCGUCGUACUAGCCGUUGGGCUUCGCGGUUCAAAAUAUUGCAUUCCCAGGCGACGCUAUUUCGGACAUCCUCCUCCAACUGCUUCUUCACCAGCAGCACAGCUAAUAAGAAUGAGGAUCCGGUUCGACCUGCACCGCCUCCGAUCAGGGUCUCUCUAACCGAGUCGGCUGGGCGAGGCGUGUUUGCCACUCGGAGAAUUGGAUCCGGAGAUCUCGUCCACACCGCGAGGCCCCUCGUUGCCCACCCUUCGCUUUCUACAACCCAUAGCGUCUGUUAUUUUUGCCUCAGAAAGCAGAAAGCUACUUCUCAAACUCAAGCGAUCCAGUUUUGUAGCGAAGAAUGCGAAGAACAAUCCAUGGUUUUUUACAAUGUUGAGAGGAGAGCAAACUGGUCAGACUAUGAUAAUUAUUGCCGAACACAUGGUUUGAAGUACCCACUUCUGGUGAAACGGUUAGCUUGUAUGGUCAUAUCAGGAGUUGCAGCUGCUGACAGUUUCGACAUACUUCAACCUGCAAGUUUAUCUCCAGUAAUGGUUUCAGAGAUGGAAGAGGGUUUUAGCUUACUAAGGAAUGCCUUCACAAAUGCAAAUAUCUGUGAUGAACAGGUAGCUUUUCUAACCAAUAAAUGGUACACUAGCGUUUUGGCACGUAUUCGUAUUAAUGCGUUUCGUGUUGAAUUGGUUGGAGGAUUGUACGAAGAUCUUCUUUCAUCAGCUGCUGCCUCUGUAGAAGCUGAAGCUGCUGUUGGGAAUGCUGUGUAUAUGCUUCCAUCGUUCUACAAUCAUGAUUGUGAUCCCAAUGCACACAUUUUAUGGAUAGAGAAUGCAGAUGCCAGAUUGAAGGUCCUUCGUGAUGUUGAGGCAGGUGAAGAGCUUCGGAUCUGCUAUAUUGAUGCAAGUAUGGAUCGUGAUGCUCGGCAAACUCUCCUGUCCCAGGGGUUUGGUUUUCACUGCAAUUGUUUUCGGUGUUCCUCUGGUGAUUAAGAGUCAUUCCUGUUUCUUUGAAUGCAUAUGAUGUGACAUUAUCUGCGUAUAUUUUGCAUUCUCUGAUGCUUUAUAUUUCUCAUCCUCUCUUGGUUGUCCAUCGAUCAUUCAUGGCCAGAUUGGUUGAAACAUUUUGUCAUGUGUGCAUUGAUAAAAAAGGGUUUGAAGCAAAUUAUUUA